CCUGGCUUGACUGCAGACUGGUAUUUUGCUUUUUCUCUCGCAUCUUUCCCCAGUUGGUUUCGAAUUGUUCCAAGCCUAACGGAAGACAGAUAAAUCAAGCUUCCCCUCAAUGAGAAAAUUCAACUUCGAGAUCUGAAACAACAUUCUACCGAUUGUCUCAGUUGGCCACAUCAUCUUCGCACGUGUUUUAAGUCGUGGGCAAUCCUCAUUGACUUUUCAACUGCUCAUCCUCUGAUAUCGAGCUCGUUGUAUCUUGUUCCUGUUGGUCAGCGAAAACGAUGUCUCACUCGGCAGACUCAAUCCACCCCCUUGACCCCGAUCACAACUCAUGCAUCGGUGGACAGACAGUGAAGACCUGCCGCAGCUGCGCAGGGAAUGCACCACGAGGCUCGAUCUGCAACAGCUGCAGUGGCCAUGGGUUCGUUCUAUACGUCUGCACUCAUUGUAACCCAGCAGCCGCUGUGUCGAUGUCUACCCCGGGGUCAUCUACUCCUGCCAGCCCAGCGUCCUUGAGCCGAAGCUCGUCUACCUCCGUAUCAUCGCAGAACGAUGCUAGGCAGAUCCAAUCCUGGAGGCGCUUCGGUGAUGGCGAUGAAGGCCCACCAGGAGGGAGGAUCGAAACCAAGGCAAACACGCCCCGUGGCCUAUGAUCAAACUUCCGAAAGAAAAAGAAAUUCUGAAAGUCUGGGGUGCUGGCUGCCCUUUUUGUCUUCGCUUCUCUUUGUGCGCUGAGGUCGUCAUACUGCACCUGAAUCUUUCGCCACGUUUCGGGCUUAUUUCCAUUAGCUUUUUCCCUUUCGGCGAAACGGAGUCACAAACCCAGUGAUGUAUACCCGGCGAAAAGCCUGUGAUUUUUCAUUGGGCGUUUUUCACCUAUAUUCCAUUCAAUAUGUGAGCGCUUUUCGCAUUCUUCGCCUGCGCUAUCUCGUAUUCACUGUUUGCAUGCAGGUGGAGAAUUCAAUGGUAUUGCGCGAUUGAGAACUCAAU